AUGUCCAGUUUCAUUGACUUCGUCGGUCCUUAUAUCCCAACUACACCAGGUAUCUUACCAAAAUGGUUAUUAUUCGUGACUCAAACUUAUCUAUCAGGUUUAGAAUUAACAAGAAGAGUCUAUGAAAAUAAACCUCAACAAACUACUGAUCUUUCAGCUAGAACUUUUGGUACUUGGACUUUUGUAUCCGCAGUUAUUAGAUUUUAUGGUGCUUAUUAUUUAACAAAUCCUCAAAUUUAUCAAAUUACUUUAGCUUCUUAUUUAAUUGCAUUUGUUCAUUUUGUUUCUGAAUGGUUGAUUUUCAAAACUGCUAAAUUUGGUAAAGGUUUAUUAGGUCCUUUAAUUGUUGCAACUUCAACAAUUGUUUGGAUGACUUUACAAAAAGAUUAUUAUACAAGUUUAGCUUAG